CGUCGCCGCCAGUCAGUUGUUCCGCGCGCGGCGUCCUAAGAGCGUCGUCGUCUUGGUGGUGCGUCGCGACGCUCGAUGUGCGAACUCCAAGUGAUGAUUGAUUUAGUGUGAGUGGGAAUUGCAAAAUGGACGAGGGUGGCGGUCGCCGCUGCUCGACGGCCAUCUUCUGCGGGCGCACGGGGCUCCUGGUGUUGAUGACGGGAUAUGCCUUCGUGGGGGCCCUGCUUUUCAAGGCUUUGGAGGGCGGUAAUGACGGAGAUGUUCCAGCGCACGUGCAACGAAGUCGCGAGGACUGUCUUCGUGAACUGUGGCUCAUUACAGAACGUUUGAAUGUUUUGUACGAGAAAAAUUGGACGCGAUUGGUAACCGAGCAAUUGAAGAGAUUUGAAAGGGCCGUCGUGGAAGCCGGGAAAGCAGAUGGAGCAUCUAAUCCAGCGGCGCCUCAUUGGACCUUCGGUGGAGCGCUUUUGUAUUCUCUCACGCUGCUCACGACAGUAGGAUAUGGCCGCUUAUCGCCCAGGACCGCCCUGGGCAAAGUCGUCGCCGUAAUCUAUGCCUUGAUCGGCGUUCCUUUAAUGUUAAUCCUCCUCUCGGCCUUGGGAGCAAUGUUAGCUUCAGGCGCCCGAAAGGCCUACUCAAAAAUCUGCUGUCAGCACGACACCAACAGAAAAAGCCCUUCAGUCGGCUACCACAAGGCGCCUUCCAGUCCUUCAGGAAAGUUGUAUUGCAAAACACAUGAAGAUUCCGCAUCAAUUCAGAUCGCAUCUGCCCACAGUACACCAAAUCACGUAUGUAAAAGCAGUUACCAACAUGUAGAACACGGGGAAAUCCCCAAAAGGGCCAUUUUAGCAACAGUACGUUCAAGCCACUCUCGGGGACGCUGCAGACAAAGUCAAGUGAGACAAAUGUUGGCGGACACCACUAUUUGUCCGACGCACAGCCACGGAACGCCGACCAAGAGCUCCCUCAUCGUGGGCUCCACGUCGUCGGAUAUCGAAGACGCGGACGAGGCCGACGACAGCGAACACGUGACGUGCAGCCACGACACGCCGUCGCGCGUGCCGCUCAUCUGGCGUCCGAGCCGCUCCGAGUCGCCGCCCCCGGCUCAACCGUCACCAUCAGUGCCUGCCAGCCUCGUUUUGGUCAUAUUUUUUUCGUACGUGUGCGUCGGAGCGGCCGCUUUCGCCUCCACCAGCGGCUGGAAUUUCCUCGACGCCACUUACUUCUGCUUCAUCGCCCUUUCCACGAUCGGCAUCGGCGACAAAUUGCCGCAAAGUGGCGACGCCCAUUCGCAACUGCAGCUCCUAGCGUGUUGUUUAUACCUGUUCCUUGGACUAGUCGUCGUCGCCAUGUGCUUUAGUUUAGUGCAUGAAGAGAUCUCAACCAAGUGCAAACAUAUCGCCAAUAACAUGGGGCUGUUGAGACACUAGUGAUUGUUUCCACGGCGGCGGCGCGGCGCGGCUUUUUUACCUUGUGUUGUGAUGAGGUGAAUAAAAGAGUUGAGAAUGUUGUAUAA